AUGUCUAGUUACAACCCACUCGAGCAUGGUUCUGGCUGGGCCAUGGUGGCCUUGACCUUUGUUAGUCUAUUGAUCACUGCCCUCGCGAAGGUCGUUUCGAUGAAAUUCCCCGAUGCGGCAGAGAUAGGGGCGCGAAAGCGUCACCGAGAGACUGUUCUGCUGGCCGGGUGGGCGGCGCAGCAACGAGUCGAGGACCUCGACUAUCUUGUGUGGGAAGCAUAUCGAAGAUAUGCAAAAGAGGCGGAGGAAGAGGAGCGAAGGCUGGGACAUACCAGCAAGUCGAUCUUUGGUACUGGGAGUGGUGACCCCAGUGCUAUGAAUAAAGACGAUGAAGAAAAGGAGCCGAGGCGCGAGGCUGUGUGUGCCAGCCCUUAG